AUGAUCACUCCAUAUUUUUCUUUAACUCAAAACAAUGAUUAUGUUAUAGUUCAUAUUAAAAUACCACCGUAUCAGCAAUUUGGUGUUGAAGAUAUUCAAAUUGAUAAUAACACAAUGAUAUAUCAUUCGGAACCAUAUUUUUUAUCACUUACAUUUAAAAAUGAUAUUGCUAAAGAUGGAACAGAAAAAGCUGAGAUUGAUCGUCUUGAAUGUAAAUUGCAUGUUUAUUUACCGAAAGAAAAUAAAGGAGAAGUAUUUCCUGAUCUUGAUAUGUUACCGUUGUUUCUUACUAAGAAAAAAAUUUUGUCUCGAGUUCAAGUACUUAAUACUUCUCCUUGUCCUGAAGAAGAAAAAACUGAACAUGAAGUUAUAAAAGAAAUUACUCCUGAAGAACAAGAGUUAAUUGAUAAAAUGCAAAGACUUGAAAAAUUACGACAAGAAAAUGAAAUUAAAAAAAAUCCUAAUGAAAAAAUAAUAAAAGAAGAAAGAUUAGAUUUUAUUUCACAUGAUGAUUUAAUUCUUGGAGAAGAUCAACAGAUAAGAGAUGAAACUGAAGAUAUAGUUAAUAUCUUUGCACCAAAAUAUGGUUUUAAUGGAAAUCAUUCUGAAUUUUUUAAGGAUUUACAACAAAACUCAUUUGAAAUAGUUAUGUUAAGAAAUCCAGAUCAAACAGAUAGUAAAGGAAGAAGAAAACAACGUAUUGAUGAUGAGCUUAAUAGUUUUGAUAAAGAUCGAUAUAUUUGUGAUACAUUUGAAUGGGAUAAUGAAGAGGAAGUGUUAAAGAAUAAUUCAUUUUGGUGGAAAGAAGAUGGAGAUUGGACAGAUGAAGAAAGAAAUGAAUUUGGGGCAUUAGAUAAAAUAGAAGUUCUUGUUAACAAUGAAGAGGUAAUACAAAUAUAUAAAGAUUUAUUUGGUAUUGUUUAUGGAUACUUAUAUGAUCAAAUAGUUAUGGGAGAAAGUACAGUAGAAUCAGGAUGGACUAUUGCUACACUAUCUCCAGUAAUGUCAUAUUUUGAUAGAAUAGAUGAUAUAGUUGAUUUAAUCGAAACUUGUAUUCGAAGAAGUUUAAUUUAUCCAGUUGUAAGAAAUUGGGAAUUAUCAAUGAAAACAUUAGAAGAAACUAUUGAAGUUUUUAAAAAAAGAAGAGUUGUUCUUAUGAAAAUUUUAUUACGACUACACCGGAUUUAUAAAUUAGAUGAAUUAAAACAUUAUAUGAAUUAUUUAUUUUUUGAUGAAUAUUGUAAUUGGAUUCAAAGUGCAGAUGACCAAAUAAGACACCAAUUUGUAGUGAGGAUAGAAGAAGUUAAAGGAAAAAUUUGUAAAGAAAAUAUUGGUUUACCUUUACAAGACGCUGAACAAGAAUACAUUGAUUAUAUUACUUCACUUCCAGACGAUGAUGAUGGUAUAAUGAAUGAAGAAGAAAAUGAGUUGCGAGGGUAUAUUGAUUGA